AUGUCUUACGAACCAGGUGGAAGCCAAAAAACAGAGUCGAAGUCUGAUGUUCAAAAAGCAUGGAGAGAAAUCAUCGAAAAAGUAGGAUCGACCCCUUCAUUUGUGUUCUCCAUCACUGGAGAUUCUGACAGUUUUGUUCCAAGACCAUGGGCAAAAUCUGUAUUUCAGACAGCCUUGAUCGAGGCAGCUAAAAGUGCAGGAGACACGUGGAUUCUCUAUCGAGGAUAUAACUACGGUUUAUCCGCCAUUGUCCGGAAGGCUUAUCAAAAGUACGGGGAUAUGGAAUUUCGAGCUUACAACCGUGAUGUUCCUAUUAAAGAUCAGGAAAGACACGUUAAACUUAUAAGUAUUGCUGGAAAUUCUCCAAAGGUGCGACAAAGUGAAAAUAAGAUAAAGGAGUCAGAAAAUUUACAGAUUGAAGACCUAGAUGAGAGAAAUACCAACAGAAAAAGAAAGCAUUCCAAAAAUAAAAUCGUUGAAGAACCUGCAGUAGUGGAAUGUUACAUUGAAACUUCAAGUGAAACAUCUUUCUUACUUGAUUUCGAGGGAUAUGUAUCUAAACAAGAAGCACCUUUCCUCAGCGAAGAUAUUGGUUUAAAAUUACCCAUCCCAAUUGUCCUUUUGGCAUGUGAAGGCGAUAUACAUACAAUUAAACACAUUGUGGGUGCUCUAGAUAGGAAGAUUCCAGUGAUUAUAAUCAAGGGAUCUGGAAAAGCUGCGGAUCUGAUUGCGGAUUACAUGAAAAAUCAUGACGAUCUUAAAAGGAAAGCAAGUAUCCUUUUUGGAAUACGAUUCGAUGAAAAAACCUUUGAUGAAUUGGAAGAGAACUUAAAGGCCAUUUCAAAAGCGUCUGAUUUGGUCACUGUCUUUGAUCUUACCUGUGAGGAUCCAUUGAUGCUUUCCAAACUCAUUGGUGAAGCUGUUGUCAGUUGCUGGGCAAUAGAAAAAAUUUUAAGAAGUAAAAAUCAAGACGUAAAAACGAAAAGUCGUCUAGAGAUGCACAAGGAGAGAUCACUGUUUAUUCCACAAAGUAAUGGAUCUGUACACAUUGCAACAACUGUAUCUGUUGGACAGCUUUGGAAAAGAAAUGUUGUGAGGCCAGAGGAUGAAGAUAUUAAGCAAGAAUAUUUACAAAGCAAAGAAACAAAUGCUUAUGUUUUAAACACAAAAUUUUCUUCGCCUACAUCCUUACCCUUGAGCUUUUACUUCGAGUAUCAGUUCCUGCAAGAAUUAGAUAUGUUAGAAGAUAAUGGCCAUAGAUUGCUCUUUGAGGCACUGGUUGCGAACAGAUGUGACUAUGUUCGAGUUUUACUUGAUCAAGGAAUACAGUUCAGAUUAUCGAAUUUAUCCGAUCUUUAUGACCAGACUGUUUCUUGUAAAGACUGCCAUUUCGAAGAGGACGACUGUCUCCACAUUCAAUGGCUCCUCAAGCAAAUCGCAGAAGAUAAAGCAAAAGAAUUGUGUUUUACUCACAGACAAAUUGAAAAGAAAAUUAACAAAAGAAAACGUAAAGAAACUCUCGAAAAAGCCUUAAAGGAAAAGGAAAAGAGACAAAAAGAGGUUGCUGAUUCUGCUAAGGGGUUGUGUCGAAGAAUCCUUGGAUAUAAAGACUAUGAUAAAGAUGAUGAUAAAGAUGAUAAAGACGAAGAAGAAAAUGACGAAAAAAUUGUGAAGGUCUCUGAUAUUUUGCUUUGGGCGAUCUUUGCAAAUCGAAUGGAAAUAUCUGAAAUAUGUUGGCUGCGAACGACAGACCACUUAUUGACAGGACUUGUGUGUACUUCAGUUUUGCAUAAACUUUCCAAAAAGGCAAACAACGUCAAGGAACAAAAUUUGUCCAUAGAAUUUGCAAAUCAUGCAAAGAUGUUUGAAGAAAGAUGUUUGAAAUUAAUGGACGGCAUGUUCGAAGAAGAUUAUAAAAAUGCUAUUAAUGUUAUGGAUGACGAGGCUGUUGUUUGGGGUAUAAAGUCUUGCCCUCUGACCUUUGCGCACGAAAACUUCAUGUACGACAUCGUUGCUCACACUUGCUCUCAGAAGAACAUGAACAAACGUUGGUACAACAAUUUAGCUCCUGACUUCAAGCCAUUUGUGAAGUCCGGAUUACGAAAACCCAAGGAAUUUAUAGGGGCCCCAAUCACAAAAUACAUGUUCAAUUAUGUCAUGUUCUUCGUCAUGCUGGUGUUUUACAGUGCCUUUGUGUUGACUGGUGUUGGAGACGAGUACUAUUCACUCGAUAUAUCCAAAAUAUUUGAAUAUUACGUGUAUUUAUGGGGAGCUGGUGACCUUAUAGAAGAACUCAUAAGCUUCCUUGGCUGUUUGGAAUCAGAAGGUCGAUCCCAUCGCGGCUUAUACUCUAGACUUAAGAGGCACCUCUACGACUUCUGGAAUAUGGUGGACCUUGUAUCAUAUGUCUUAUUGAUCAUUGCCUUGUUUGUACGCCAUUUCCACCCGUCCACUAAUUACACAGUAGCAAGAAGAAUGUUAUCGCUAUCUCUUCUUGUUAUGUACCUGAGGUUUCUUGAAGUCUUUUUGGUGCACAGAAAAAUGGGACCAACUCUAAUCAUGAUUAAAGAAAUGUUAAAGGAUCUCCUCUACUUCCUCGGUCUUGCAGUGUUUGUCGUACUAGGGGUAGGAAUGUAUUACCACGCUAACCUGUGGCCAGAUCACCCAACAAUAUGGAAGGGAAACUGGGUUAACUGGAGGAUUUGGACAAUCAUCUAUUAUCCUUACUGGCAGUUAUACGGUGAAAUUAACAAUGAAGUAUUGGAAGGGGAGGAACUAUCAGGCUGUACUAAUGAUACAAAUAUUUGGAAGACGGAUACUUCAAUCGACCGAUGCCCCGAGGAGGACUGGACUGUAAUUGCGGUAGCAGGAUUCUACAUGUUGUUCUCUAACCUGCUUUUGGUGAAUCUUGUUAUCGCCAUGUUCAGUUAUACAUUUGAAAGAGUUCAACAAAACUCCGAGAAACUCUGGAGAUUUCACCGAUGUACUGUAAUCAAUGAUUACGAGCAACGGAUACCUUCUCCAAUCAAUCUUUUAACACUUCCUUACCGACUUUGCUGCUGCCCAAGAAGAAAAGGAGGAAUAAUGAACAAAUGUAGAG